CAAAAAUACAAAUAAAAAAAUACAAUAGUUGUAAAUAAAGUGAGUAGUUAACCACAAUCAUGGGCUUAUAAAAGCAAGGAAAAAGCAAGAAAACCAUUUCAAUCAAUGGGUCCCUUGCUUAGGUCCCUCCAUCAUCAUGAUGCUGUAAGAUUUUUCCUUUUAUUUCUAAGAACCAAACAAGCCAUCUCAACACACGUCGUCCACAUCUUCCAAGAUUGCAAAAGAUCUGAAUGGAAUGGUGGUCCAAAGUGAACUGCAGGUUCCACGAAGGAACGUAUGCUGGAAGCAAACGGGGUUGACUAUAAGAAACGAAGAGUGAAAGAGUCAUUUGCUUCGAUUCCCUUCAUCAAAUCUUGUUUCCUUCGAUGGCCUCUCCCCUGUCUUGCGUGUUGAUGGUGUGUGCUAAGGCGAUUGAAGGUGAUCGCUUGGAUGUUGCAGAUUUUCUUUUGGCAGAAAUUCAAUCUCUAGCUUCUAAAGAGGAGAGCAUAUGGACGAGGAAAGUUGUCAAAUACUUUGCUGAGGCUCUUGUCCGGCGAGCCUAUCGAAUUCGUCCUCCUUGUACUUUUCCCUUGCUACUACCCGGAUACAUGUAUAAACCUUUCUGCGAGUUUGCUAGAAUCACCAGUAAACAUGCCAUUGCCGAUCAUGCCUUGAAUUCGGGAAAUAAAGGACUCCACAUUAUUGAUUUCUCCAUCAAGUUCAAUUUUAAGCAGUGGAAAGAUUUAAUUGAAGACCUCAAAAGGCAGUAUGGUGGCCUACAAUCUGUCCUGAUAACCAGUAUCGCACCGAAACUGUCAAAACACUCUUACCAUCUCCGUCAAAACCGGGAAUGGGCUGAGCACAAAAAUUUGGAAUUGAGGCAAUUGAUAUGCAAUAGUCCGGAUGAUAUUGUCAAUUGUAUUUCCAAACUCAGAAGGAAAAGGGAGGAUGAGAUUGUGGUUGUGAAUUGGAAUUUUACACUCCACAAAUUGCUUGCACAAGAUGGGGCAACGGAGCAAGUGCUUUCAAAAGUGAAGGAUUUGGGAGCGGACAUCAUGGUAAUUGUUGAGAAAGAAGCCAAUCUUAACAGUCCUGAUCUUUCGGAGAGGAUCGAACAAUCAUUCCAAUACUACUGCACUACUUUUGAGUCACGGCAGACACCGUCUCAGACCCCUGCGUUAUGGGAGAUGUAUUUCUGGCGACAGAUUGGGAAUGUGGUGGCAUGUGAGGGCGUUGACCGGGUCGAGCGGAUUGAGUCAUUUGCUCACUGGCAAAAUCGCCUAUCUCAGGCUGGGUUUUGUCCAGUUCCCCAACAGGUAGACAAGUUCGAUGAAGAGUUUGUAAUCGAAGAGAAUGAAGGGCAUAAUAUCUUGCUAAGUCGGCACGGUUGUCCGCUAGCUGUAGCCUCAGUUUGGAAGCUCACUGAUCCACCUCAAUUCAGUGGCGGUCUUUACACAAUGCAAGAUACAGUUGAUGACUCAGAAGGGAUGUCGAGCUCCCCUGAGUCUGAGGAUGAUGAAGAAAAUGAUUCUCUAGUUCGCAUAAUGGCAGAUAGAAACUUAUGGUCCACACAGACACAGGGCUCUUCAAUGAAUCGAAUAGCUGCUUCAGCUAAGUUAUUUGACAUAUUGGAAUAUAUAUGUGAUCUACAUAGGUUAGAACUGGCUGUGACAUGGAUUUCCUAUGGCCAAGAUGGUAAUACAAAUUCAAAGGGAAAGCGUAUUCUAUGUAUUGAUGAUAGCGCUCGCUAUGUAAAUGAUUUGGUUAUGGCAAAAUUUGUGGAUGAAUAUGCACGACAUCGUCUCGAGGAAGGACAAGGUAUCGCCGGAAAAGCACUUCAAUCUAAUAUUCAUAUCCAGCAUGACAUUUCCUUGCUUGAUCCAUCUGAAUUCCCUGAUUCCUGUUCCUUCAGUAGCUCUUGGAUCAGAAAAUGGUAUGCUGCUUUUGCUAUAAGGCUAACAAGUACCCACCCUUGCAUGGAUGAUUGCGUACUGGAAUUUCUUCUCCCUGUAGACAUGACAGACAGAACAGAACUUUUGAUAAAUAAGGUCUUGCGUACAUUGCAGAGGAAAUGUUUAAAGUUGUGGGAAGUUAGUGUCAGAGAAGUAAAUGAGGCUAGUGGCUCUGAAGGUAGAUUGGAUGAUGAAAGAAUGCCAAACAUCCCACGAGAAACACGCGAGCCUCUUGAACAGAUGGUGGCCUCCAGAGUACUAAUAAACGACGAAAGAUAUCAGCUGUGUGGUAAGAAAAUGGGGAAGUAUGGGCCACAUGUAAAUACUGUAAGAAGACGUAUUUGCAGCCAUUGUUUGAACUUCAUUCAAAAGACGAGGUUACAGAUGAUGUCCUUACUAUUUACAGACGAGAGAAGGAGAAACUCAUCAAAUAUUUUGAUAAGCUCUCUUGUCUCUUGA